AUGACUCCAUACGAAGUAUUGACCCAUCUUUCAGACAAGGUGAUACCAGCUGCCCUCACAGACCAGCAAAAACCCAUCGAUAACAUCCGUACUCGCACCUUCUUCAUCGUCGACAAUUGCCUAGACGAAACCACGCUCAAAAAUGCCCUUGAUUCCCUGAUCCGCCACCAUUGGCGCAAACUAGGGGCACGCCUGGUAAACCGGUCCUCAGAUGGACUGCUGGAAUAUCGUCUUCCACACAAAUUCGACGAUGACUACCUCUUGUUUAAGUGGUCGUCCACCGAAUUCAAUCAUCCCAUAGACGAAUGCCCCGAGUUGAAACUAUUUCAUCACCCUCCUCCGGCCGAAGAUGGAGUUGCGAUCUUGGAUCCCGUCAGUGAAAUAGAGAAGGUAGUUAGGCCGGAUUCGUGGCCCCUGGAGCGAAAAGAUGAACCUCCAGAUGCGCCCAUGCUCUACAUACACCUGUCUCUUUUCACCGACGCAACAGUUAUCGCGACUAGUGUUCCACAUCCGCUUUGCGAUCAGUUCGGCCUCUCAAAUAUCAUGCGAGCCUGGCUGGGUCUCACCAGGGGCGAAACGCCCACACCAAUGGUCGGCUAUAACCAGGACGUACUGGCUACUGGGAAGGAAUACAACGAUUAUCCGAGCGCCGAAACGGCCAGAAAGGGAAAAGUCAGGUUAUUCUUGCCACUGGAGUACUGGCUUGUGGUGUUGUACUUCAUUCCCGAAGUCAUUAUCCAUCCUAAGGAAGAAUCAAGCAUUAUCUUUUUUCCACGUCCCUGUUUACAGCGGCUACGUGAGCGGUACACUGCAGACCUAACCGAGAAGUACGAUCUCAAUCCAGGCCUAAGCAACAAUGAUAUUAUUUUCGGUGUUCUUACAAAGCUGGCUCGCAUGCACGAUCCAUGGGCUCGGACAAUGACAUUGACACAAAAUAUGAAUCGUAAAUUCCCCCUCCUUAUUCUCCUUAUUCUCGUUCUCUUACGAGGCCGCGUUCCCCAGCUAUCAAGCGAUGAGCAGAAGCUUGGAUUUCUUCACAACGCCUUAUACCCUGGAACCGCACGCAUACGUGUCAAUUCAUCCACUCCAGCUAGUGAUAUCGCUUACCUCAGUCGUCAAAUUAUAAAUGAAGCGACCGAACCAGAUUCUAAAGGAAUUGAGAUCGGCAUGGCUGUAACUCGCGAAAAGGUUCGACGGGGACAGCCAACGCAUGUCUGUGAGCCAUUUGAUCGAUCCUACGGUACGACCAACUGGUGUGCUGCCUGGAGAGGAUUAGACUUGAGCUGUGGUACUGGAACUGCUCGUAGUAGUACCGGCAGCAUAGCGGAUGGAGGAAGCUCGAAGAUGUUGAUUCUCGGACAGAGUAAGGAGACAAAAGCUCCUGGACGAUGUUAG